AUGGUCUGCCUCCGAACCUGCGUCCUCGCCGCUGGUGUGAUAGCACUCAACGCCGUGAACGCUGCCCCGUACGAGAGGGCGCUGCCUCCGGUGCCUAUUGCCAUUGGCGGCAAGGAAGCGUCCAUCAGCGAGGAGUUUAUCGAGCUCAUGAAGCCCGACUAUGAUGUUGUGCACGUCAUCAACAGCGCGCCAGUGGGCAAGUCCGAGUUCAUUCCUCUCCUGAAAGGCGAAUAUACCAUCCCCGUGACGAUGCUCGGCUCAAACUUCAACAACCCCAACCCCAAGGUCCCCAAAGCCAUCUUCAUCGGUGGUGGAUUCGCGCAGUCGGAGAUCGAUGAGAUGUACAACGUCUGCUCGCUGCAAGUUGUGCCCUGGGUCUACCCACCUGCCGGACGAUCAAACGGCACUGUUGUGCCUCCGACGUCGUUCAUCGCUGAGCGCGUGAAGGCUGUGUUCAAGGAGAAUGGGUGA